AUGUCGACCGGGUCGCAGUCGAAGGUGUCAGAUGAGGACCUGGGAAGAGUGAUGGGAAUUUGCCGAUGUCUUAACCUUUCCUUCACUGAGGAACAAGUGUUAGCGAUAAUCGCGGUAAUCGAAGCAGGAGCGAAUCCAUCUACGCUGGUGGAUUGGUUGGCCGAUAUGGAAGAAGCAAAAGCGGGAGAGACAACUAGCUUGAAUUUUUGA